CCCUAAAAUGGACAAAUCCUCUCUAAUUCUAGUCUUGAGAUCAUGAUGUGUAUGACCCACUUAUUUCUUCACGAAGAAUUUUUGGGUCGUGACUCUGUCUAGAUUCUAACCCAUUUUGUGGGUUUUGAUGUCCUAUUUCUUCUCGCUUUAAUCAGAAGCAAAAACUUGGAAUUGUGUGUAAUACCCAUUUUCCCCUGUUCUUGCUCUGUUUUCUACUAGUUGUGUCUGAAAUAAAGUCCUCUGUUUUUGCUCUGUUUCUAUAGUCUCUAAACUCCUACAAUGGAGUUUAAUAACAGAAAGACGCUCUUUUGUUAUCUACCGGUCAAAGAUUUUAAGUCGCCGAUCUUUAUCCCUUGUUUCCAGACUUCCCCUCCGCCGCCACCACCACCGCCACAGAGGGAGCUCUCUCUCCUACUCCCCACCUCGAUCUGUGUCGUAGGCUCAGUCAUACUCUUUCUAUUUCUAGUCGUCUUCCUCUACCUCUACAUAACGCAACCACGGUGGAACUCAGCCGCCACCGUAACUCCCGGUGACACAGGCCAACGGGAAAACGAAGACGAAACAGAGGAGAGAGAUCACUCCGACUUCCAUCACGUCUGGCGAAUCCCAACCGUCGGUCUCCAUCGUUCCGCGAUCAACUCGAUCACAGUCGUUGGAUUCAAAAAGGGAGAAGGGAUAAUCGACGGCACCGAAUGCUCUGUCUGCUUAAACGAGUUUGAAGAAGACGAAUCGCUGAGAUUGUUACCAAAGUGUAGCCACGCCUUUCACAUUAACUGCAUCGACACUUGGUUGCUUUCUCACAAGAACUGUCCUUUAUGUCGUGCCCCUGUUCUUCUUCUCACUGAGCCUCCUCAUCAAGAAACAGAGACGAAUCAUCAACCAGAUUCUGAAUCGAGUAAUGACCUCAGUGGAGGAGGACAAGAGAGUUCUAGAUCCAGAAGAAACCAUAAUAUUAUUCUUCCAAGGGCACAAAGCGAUUUGGCAAACCAUUGUGGCUCGGGAAGAGUGGAAAAUGUGAGAAGAUCGUCAUCAAUUGGAGGAAGCUUAUCACUUUGCGAUGGUAAUAAUAAUGCUACUAGAAGUGGAAGACAGUUCUAUACCAGUUUCAGUGCUAACUUCUUCUCAUCAUCAAGAAGAUUAAGGAGCCAAGAUCCGAUUCUACCAAACCGUACACCAUCUGUAUCUGGUAAUUUCAGUUAAAUGGUGUGAUUACAUUGAAGCUUAAUGUAAUGUCUAGUGUGUUAUAUACAGUAUCUGAAAUAAGUGGAAACUUUAAAUGUUUCAAGAUUA